AUGGCAUUACGAUAUACAAUAGACACGCUGAUAUUUCUGCGCGAAUCGCACUUAUGCGUCAAACCAGGCGCACUUCCUCCUGCAGAAGAAUGGAUGGGACCACCGCCCGAAGCUUUCCGCAACAACCAAGGAAAUAAACCUGGGACUGAGAGAAGAAGCAACGACAGCUCCCUAUUAGACCAGUCUAAUAGACGAGUAGGCAUUGACAGACAUACGUCACGAAACGCUGGAGUUUCUGAGGAUAUUAUCCUUGGACCCCCGCGAACGACCUUUUCGUCGGCUACUCUCACAAGAGCCAACAAACCAUUCGAUAACGAUAAGACAUUGAAGGAUACCGAUACUCGAGACCGCUUCGCUUUCCGCUCUCGAAAUGGCGAUGCUGACAAUUCUGAGCGCUUCCGUGACCGUGACCGUGAUCGUGACGCUCGGGGUGGCUUCCGCCGACGUGGUGAUGACCAGGACAGUGAGGGCUGGAGUACCGUGAAGCCCCGUAAAAGUUUUGGGCAUGAAGGCGCAGAAAGAUUCCAUGGUCGUAUGGGUGACCGGCCUGAGCGUUUUGGACCAGAACGCCGACCGCGCGAUCAAGAUGACAAUGACAAUGUGGAUCGACCCCGCCGCAAUUUCGGCGAGUUUGCCAAGGAGAAAGAAGGGGAAGAUGGCGAUAAACCCCGUAGAAACGGCCUGAACAAGAACAGGACCGAUCAACCUUGGCUAAGGGACAAUGAUGCCCCCGCGCCUCGGGAGCGUUUUGACAGGUCCAAGAGUUGGAGAGAUAGGGCCGGAAACGAGCAUCAAGGUGAAGGACAGCAAGAUAGGCCGAGGGAGAGAACAUUUGAACGAAGAUGGGAUCGAGACCGGGAUCAGCGUCAGGAACGGGAACCGGAAUGGCUUGAUGAGCCCGUCGAAGAGCAGUCACAAGCGCAUACUCAAGAGGACUUCAUGAAGUUCAUGGAUAGUAUGAAGGCAGGGAAGAACCCGGCAAAGGCUGAGCCGGCCCCUAAGUUGAUUACUGAAGUAUCAGCACCACCCGAGAAGGUUGAAGCCGAGAAGACGAAAGUCAAGUCGGCGCCUGCUAUAGAGACUGGACCGGAUAAAUUUUUCGCUGCGUUUGCACAGAGUUCAAGCAUUGAAACGCCAGCUAGCACUGGUGAAGUUUCCAAGGAGAAUUCUGUUCCUGUUAUCAAACCAAAGACAGGUUCUCGAUUUCAGAAACUUUUCUCUUCUCAAGAAGAAUCUCGACGCCAAGUCGAGCCUCCAACUCCUGUUUCUAGUGCUCCGCCAGCCAGUGAGAUGAACCCUCUUUUCGCUCUAGGUGGUGGGCAAGCACAAAAUGACACAGCCGAGAAAGUCGCUUUUCAAGCAUUAUUGCAGAAGCUACAGAAGCAAACACUUCAGGCUACGACACCGCCAUCUGGUGGGUUUUCAGAGCCUCCUCCCAGUCAUGUGAUUGCCUCCCCCGGUCCUUACCAGCUUUAUGCGCAGGACCGCCGCGAAGAGCCGCUCUCUCGUGGACUUCCUCCUCAAGGCCAAGAUGUUCACACACCUAGGCCACAAGUGCAUCCGCAAUUUGCUGCUGGAAUGCGCUCAGAACAGCAGGUCUUGCAGGACCUCAUUGGCCAGCGGCAGAGUGCAGCGCGUUCUGAACAGCCACCAAGUCGAAAUAGCAACAGUAAUGCUGAGUUCCUCAUGACUCUAAUGCAGAGCACCCGAGUAGCGCCCGAUGCCCAGAGAAAUGAGCAACUUGCUAUGAGAAUGCCGCAGCCCUCUCGGCCUGCACAAAUCCUUCCUACGCCAGACAGGGAAAUCGAUUAUCAACAUGAGCGUGUUGCCGCGCAGCAUCAAGUUGGUCGUCCCACCAACUUGCCCAGCUUCUUCGACGAACCUCCAAUUCAUCAUAGGGAACCAGAUAGUCGCCCACAGCAACCCACCCAGAUUCUCCAGCGCCAAGUUCCCCCGGGCUUAGAUCAGAUUCAUCCAACUGCUUGGAUGCAGAACAAUGCACAGCAGUUACCGCCUCCAGGUCGGCCUAUGAUCCCCCCUCCUGGCCUAGCCGGGAACCCACGCAACGUCCCCAUUCCGGGAGCAUUCCCACCAGGAAACUUCCCCAUAGGCGCAUUUCCUCCAGAGGGGAUAGUCGGUCCCCCACGCAACAUGGCACCGCCUCCAGGCUUCUUCGGUGGCCCGCCACCGCCGGGAUUCAUACCCCCAGGAAUCCCUGGUUUCCAAGGACCGGAUAAUGUAGCAUUCGGGUUCGAUCACCGCGGCAUGCCUCCUCCUCCCGGCACUUUCCGUCGGAACUAG